AUGGUUCCUGAUACGUUAAUGGAGGGUACAAGAGUGACAAAGACCAAGUUGAUCUUCGGCUUCAUUGUUCUACUUUAUACAUCAAUAAGUUGUAUCCAUGCUGCAAAUAGUACGCUAUCUGCAAACCAAACCAUUAGAUACAAUGAAACCAUCGUUUCGCCACAAGAAACCUUCGAACUUGGCUUCUUUAGCCCCGGCAACUCCACGAACCACUAUGUCGGAAUUUGGUACAAGAAAAGAUCCUACCGAACCGUUGUAUGGGUAGCCAACCGGGACGCACCUCUCACACAUACCGACGGCGAGCUAACUCUCACCCUUCUGGGAGUUUUAACUCUCCGGGAUGGCACCACGGGUAAUGUCCUAUGGUCAUCGGCUAACUCAUCGGUGGUGCGUCCGAUUGCUCAGCUUCUAGAUACAGGCAACUUUUUAAUUUACAACGAAGGUGAUCAAGAAAAUCCCAUAUGGCAAAGUUUCGACUUUAUGACGGACACUUUACUUCCUGGAAUGAAACUUGGCAGGAAUUUUGUUACCGGGAUUGAAAGGCACUUCACGUCGUGGAAAUCUAACAACGAUCCUGCUUCGGGUGAGUUUUCUUAUCGGAUUGAUACCAGUGGUUAUCCUCAGACGAUCCUAACGGAUGGCCCGGAUAUAAAGUUUCGAGGAGGUCCAUGGAACGGACUCAGGUUUACCGGAUUCCCCAAUUUGAGACCGAACCCUAUUUACAACUACACCUUUGUUCUUAAUCAAAGAGAAAUUUACUACCAGUAUCAUCUUAUUUCUUCGGUUUUGACUCGUGUGGUGUUACAUCCAAAUGGUCAUAUAGAGCGCUUGUUAUGGACCGAUAGCAAACAAGAAUGGACCCUUUAUAUGGCCCCUGUAAGCGACCAAUGUGAUUGGUAUGCUGUGUGCGGGCCAUUUGGGACAUGCAAUAUUAACAAUUCCCCGGUUUGUGAAUGUUUAAAGGGGUUUGAACCCAGAUCUCUUGAUCAGUGGAGGGGUGCAGAUUCAUCACAAGGGUGUCGACGUAUUGUCCCUUUGGAUUGUGGACCGGGGGAAGGGUUCAACAAAUAUUCUAACUUGAAGUUACCUGACACUCAGGGGUCAUGGUAUAACCAGACCAUGACCCUUGUGGAGUGUGAGAAGAUGUGCAAGAGCAAUUGUUCAUGUACUGCUUACACAAAUUCGAAUGUCUCAGGGGCCGGAAGUGGUUGCUUGCUCUGGUUCGGUGACUUGAUUGAUAUCCGAACGUUUGCUGAAAACGGAGACACUCUUUAUAUACGAAUGGCACCUUCAGAGUUAGAUUCCGUAGAAAACAGGAGAAGGUCAAGUGCAGUUUCAAUAAGAGUGAGAGUUGUGGUCCUCAUAGCAAUUGUGGUUUUGGUCUUCCUAGUUUCAAUAUGCUUAUUUUAUUGUUUCAAUAAGAAGAAGAAGCAACAUCAACAAGUCCACUUCACAGGGAUACCCAAAAAUGAGGUUGAACAUGAUCCUAAGAAUAAAAGUGAUAAUGAAGAUCUAGAGCUGCCACUAUUUGGCUUGUCUACGUUAGUUAAAGCUACAAACGACUUUUCAAAGAAUAAUAAACUUGGUGAGGGCGGAUUUGGCCCCGUUUACAAGGGUGUACUCGAAGACGGGAAGGAAAUAGCUGUGAAGCAGCUAGCAAAAACAUCUACUCAAGGACUUCGUGAAUUUAAGAAUGAAGUCAUCUCGAUAUCUAAACUACAACAUCGUAAUCUUGUCAAGCUUUUGGGCUACUGUGCAGAGGGAGCAGAAAAGAUGUUGAUUUAUGAAUACAUGCCAAACAAAGGUCUUGAUUCAUUCAUAUUUGAUAGAAGUCAACGCGAACUCCUUGAUUGGCAUGCACGUUACCACAUUAUCAAUGGAAUUGCUCGUGGACUUCUUUAUAUUCAUCAGGAUUCUCGACUUAGAAUCAUACACAGAGAUCUAAAGGUUAGCAAUAUUUUGCUUGAUAUGGAUAUGAACCCAAAGAUAUCAGAUUUCGGCACGGCUAGAAGUUUUGGAGGUAAUCAAAUAGAGGCAAACACAAGCAGAGUGGUUGGAACAUAUGGCUACAUGGCGCCAGAGUAUGCAGGAGAUGGUGUCUUUUCGAUCAAGUCAGAUGUAUAUAGCUUUGGUGUAGUUGUGCUGGAAAUUGUAUGUGGGGAGAAAAACAGAGGAUUUGUUCACAAAGAACACUACAACAACCUUAUAGGACAUGCAUGGAGACUUCAUAAUGAAGGUAGAUCAUUGGAGUUGGUUGCUCAGUGUCUGGGUGAAUUAAUCAACGUGUCUCAGGUUCUACGAUCAAUCCAUAUUGGUUUGUUGUGUGUUCAACGUCACCCAGAAGAUAGACCAACUAUGACUUCCGUAAUCUUGAUGUUGGGGAGUGAUGGUCCACUGCCUUCACCCAAAGAACCGGGUUUUUAUGUAGGAGAAUGUACACAUGAUAGUGCACACUCGUAUGGAAUAAGUUCAAACAAUGAUAUGAGCAUUUCAGUUUUAGAUGGUAGAUGAUAAGAAAUCAUGUAUUAAAAACAUCAAUUUAUU